CAACGACAUCAGAAGCCAGCGCUGGGUACCAGGAAGGCGAAUCACUGACUUCACCCAUGGAUUGCUCCUUUGCCGCGCUGCGGCCGCGGGAGUACGUCGCGCACAAAUUUGCCGCACCGCCACAUCUCGACGGCAACCUGCGCGAGGCGGCCUGGGAGCACGUGCCGUGGACAAGCGAUUUUGUUGACAUCUCGACGCCGACUCUGCCGUGGCUUCACACCCGCGCCAAACUUGCGUGGGACGACCGCUUCCUGUACGUCGGCGCCGAGCUGGAGGAUCCGCUCUGGGCGACGCUCCGGCGCCACGACGAGGUGAUCUUCCACGACAACGAUUUUGAGAUUUUUGUGGACGCGAACGCCACAACGCACGGCUACAAGGAGUUCGAGAUGAAUGCCUACAACGCCACGUGGGACCUCAUGCUCUCUCGCCCGUACGGCGACGGUGGCGGCGAGAUCUCCUGCCGGGUCUCGCCCGCGCCCUGCUUCGACAUGCAGCCUCCGCUCGCCUCUGCGGUCCAGCUGAACGGCUCCCUCAACCAGCCGGCCGGCCCUCCGGACGGCGGCUGGUCGGUCGAAGUGGCUCUUCCCCUCGACGGCCUGAUGGCGCACAACGCAGGCGCCGACCAGCGGCCGCGCGACGGGGUCUUCUGGCGCAUCAACUUCUCGCGCGUGCAGUGGGCCCUCAAGGUGGACCAGGCGACCGGGAGGUACGUCAAGGCGCCGGCGUGCCAGUCGUGCG